UAGACUUUAUCCUAGGCGACGUUUCCAAGGAGAGGUGACGCGAGGUAACGUUUUGGCCGACUUUAAGGCUGCGCUGCACGAGCCAUGAAAAAGCAAGUGCACAGGCCUGAAGCCGUGUUGACGAUGGCGCCUGCAACGCGCUGGGUAGGCCAACCCGCUCAGCAGCUGUGCGGAGCCAGCGGCCCGCCCUGACCUGCCUUGCCCUGCGCGGAGGCCGAGUCGGAGCGGCCCGGGCUGGGAAAGGCGCCGAACGUUGCCUCCCGUCUUCUGGCCGGGAUAGAGUCACCUCGGAUUUCGGAUAACUUUAGUUGUGGAGGCACCUUUAGUGAUAUAACACUAAAAUACCCGCGACCAAGAAGUAAGAUCAGUCUAAUGUGCGAGCGGCGUAAAAUGAUUUUUCUCAAUAAUUUCUCAAAUUAAUGUUACGGCAGGUAUUCCCAACUUGUGACCAUUUCUUCCACUCGUGCAUGUGGCGAGGAAUGCCCUUCGAUUGCUGCAAGCACUUUUCCAUCCGAGCGACUGAGCUUGGAUACUGUUACUUCUUUCGGGCAGAGGAAGCCGACAAGAUGGUUUGUGCUGAGGCCUUCCCCGACCACGAGGAUCAGAAGGCGCUGUGCCUGGCCUUGCAGGGCCUCACCAGCUUUGGGCCUAACUCGGGACUACGAGUCUACCUUCACACAAAUGUGGACCCAUCCACUGUCGUGGACGACAAACUCAGCGGACAAUCGACAAAGAUAACCAUCUCGAGUUCCUGCUUGGCGACAAGUAUGAACGUGGAGGGAAGAACACUGGCGAUGCCAGCCGGCAAGUAUUCGCUGAUUCUCAAGGAGGUUCGAACCGAAUUCAGCAGCGACUUGGUAAGCCUGCCCUCCGAGGAACGAGGCUGCUACUUCGAAGACGAGUGGCCCGGGUCCACGCCCCAGAACCGCAAGAACUUCCCCGAGCGCUACAGCGGGCUCGAAUGCAUCGUCAUGUGCAAGCGCCAGUUCGUCCUCGAAACCUGCAAGUGCCUACCCUAUCCGCUCACCCUCAGCGACCCAAACACAGUUUGUCUUUUGUCCAAGACGCCAGAAUGCAUAACCAACACAUCAGAAUGGAUCUCGUUCAUCCGCCCGGCACCCGCCGUGCCAGGCUUCAGGCAAGAGGAGUACUCUCACGGGGUGAUGUGCCCGUUAUGUCUACCGAAGUGCGCCUCGUCGCGUUUCGUCGUGGAUCCCCGGAUGCCAACGACAGGGGAGACCACGAGGCCGAAAGCGGGCGAAAUGGCACAGCUCGCCCAGCGGACCAUGCUGGACGUGUACUUCCCGGGGCCCAACGCCGCCGUGCUCUACACCGUCAUGCGCACCUUCUCGGUGGCCAACCUCCUUGUGACGUUCGGCGGCCUGGCCAACCUCUUCCUCGGCAUGAGCUACAUCACCCUGCUGGAGCUCGUGAUACUGGUCGCCAAGUGUAUGUGGAUCUUGUUCGUCCGACAGUGGUGUGUGCGGCGCGCUGGGCGCCAACCUGCCAUUCCCUCGCCAUGAAGCCCCCGCGA